GCCGUUGAUUUGUAUGGGAUCUGAGACUGAGGUGGGACGAGCCCAGUGAGUGUAGUCGUUGUGUUUUGAAGAAAUAAAGAAGGACCACAUUUCCCCGCUUGUGGCGAUUGGACGGCAGCACUUGGGUUCUUUUAACAACAGACUGAGGAUACUGAAAGCUUUUUUUCCAGAAGAAGGUGGAUUCUUCUCUCAGCCAUCUUGACUGCUCCUCGCCGUCCUCAAGGCUUGUUUUCUCUCCUCCUCCUCCUCCUCCCCCUCAGCUGAAAGUAAACACGGCUUGCACAUUGCUUGCAACUCCGUGCAAGAUCCUGAGAGAAGCGAGAUGGGCUCGCUGCACAACAUCUAACCGGACCAAAGCAGACGGCGGAGAGGAUUUCUUGCUGUCGGUACCAGAGCAGAAGAGGGGGACACGACGCGCCGGAGGGAUGGACGUCUUUGGGAUUUACCUGCUCCUCUCGCUCGCUCUCCUGCCCCGAUCCAGCUGCACCACAGCCAAGGAGAUCACCUGCCAGGAGAUUGCCGUGCCGCUGUGCAAGGGCAUCGGCUACAACUACACCUACAUGCCUAACCAGUUUAACCACGACACGCAGGACGAGGCGGGACUGGAGGUGCACCAGUUCUGGCCUCUGGUUGAGAUUCAGUGUUCUCCGGACCUGAAGUUCUUCUUGUGCAGCAUGUACACCCCGAUCUGCUUAGAGGACUACAAAAAACCUCUCCCGCCGUGCCGGAGCGUGUGUGAGAGAGCCAGAGCCGGCUGUGCGCCUCUCAUGAGGCAGUACGGCUUCCCCUGGCCGGACAGGAUGAAAUGUGACCUGCUGCCUGUGCAGGGCAACCCGGACACGCUGUGCAUGGACUACAACAGAACCGACUCCACCACAGUUUCCCCCGUCCUCUCCAAACCCACCAACCACCCCGGUAAGGGUUACAAUCCACCUAAAAAUAAGCCGAGCCGACCCGGCGCGCCUGGGAAAUACAAGCCGCCCGCUGCCCCGUGUGAGCCGGGGUGCAAGUGUUUGGAGCCCAUGGUGCCGGUGAAUACGGACCGUCACCCGCUCUACAACCGGGUCAAAACGGGUCAGAUCACCAACUGCGCCAUGCCGUGCCACAAUCCUUAUUUUACGCACGACGAGAGGGCAUUCACCGCCUUUUGGAUAGGACUUUGGUCCGUGUUGUGCUUCGUGUCAACUUUUGCCACCGUCGCCACUUUCCUGAUCGACAUGGAGCGCUUCAAGUAUCCAGAGAGACCCAUCAUCUUCCUCUCAGCGUGUUAUAUGUUUGUGUCCAUCGGCUACAUUGUCAGACUGAUCGCCGGACACGAAAAAGUGGCAUGUAACCGGGAGUUUGACAUGGAGCACAUUCACUAUGAGACCACCGGCCCCGCACUCUGCACCGUGGUCUUUCUCCUUAUUUACUUUUUCGGCAUGGCCAGCUCCAUCUGGUGGGUCAUCCUGUCUUUGACUUGGUUCCUCGCGGCCGGGAUGAAGUGGGGCAACGAGGCGAUCGCCAGUUACUCCCAGUACUUCCACCUGGCAGCCUGGCUCAUCCCGAGCAUGAAGUCCAUCGCGGUUCUGGCGUUGAGCUCCGUGGACGGGGACUCGGUGGCUGGGAUCUGCUACGUGGGAAACCAGAACUUGGACAACUUGCGGGGCUUCGUUUUAGCGCCUCUGGUGAUUUAUUUAUUCAUAGGCACUAUGUUCCUCCUGGCCGGAUUUGUGUCCCUGUUCAGGAUCCGCAGCGUCAUCAAACAAGGUGGCACCAAAACUGACAAACUAGAGAAGCUGAUGAUCCGAAUAGGCAUCUUCACGGUGCUCUACACGGUGCCUGCCACUAUCAUCGUCGCCUGUUACUUUUACGAGCAGCACAACAGGCAGAGCUGGGAGAUCACGCACAACUGCAACAACUGUUUAUUAGAAAGGGACCGCAGGAGUCCGGACUAUGCAGUUUUUAUGUUAAAGUACUUUAUGUGCCUUCUGGUGGGCAUCACGUCCGGAGUGUGGAUCUGGUCCGGGAAAACUUUGGACUCCUGGAGGACUUUCUGCACCAGGUGCUGCUGGGGCAGUAAGGGCACCAGCGGCUCCAUGUACAGCGAUGUUAGCACCGGACUAACUUGGAGGUCAGGCACGGCCAGCUCCGUGUCUUGCCCCAAGCAGAUGCCAUUGUCCCAGGUUUGAAUGAAAUAAAAAGCAGCUUACGAGGACUGCAAAUUGUUCGGGAGAUAACCCAUCACUCCCUGUCUUAAGUAAUUUGCAUCGUAAUGAACUGCUGCUGAGGUGUGUCUCCCCCACCACACACACACACACACACACACACCUCUUUUGGGAGAGCUGAUUGAAACAAUGUACCUGGCAAUCACACAGGUUAAUUCCUCCCUGUUUAUAUGUAUUAGAGGUACAGACUGAGGCUGUUAAGCAAACUGGGCAUUACUUGUUGUAGGCAGAGACACUUUUGUUCCUAACUAGCUUCAUACAAAGAGCAUUUGGGUUUUUUAUUGCCAUUUUCUCUACAUAGUGCCAGAUAACAUUGUGUAAUUCAAUCACAUCAAAGACGGUUUAAAUUAAGCCUUAAUAGUGCCCAAGUAUUUUACGGGUCAUUCAUUUUGUACUUUCAAAUGUAUUUAUAUAAAAGUUAUGUAAAGAAAAAUGUGUACAUUUGUGUAUAAAAGAAAACUUUAUAAGCUAUUGUAAAUUUGUACAAAGUGUAGAUGUCUCAUUUUUGUGAGCAAAAGCAAAUAUGAACUUUAUUUUGACAAUAAAAGAUUUGAUAAAUCUCAACUUCCGUGUAACUCUGCAGUGUUUUCCCAACGCGAAGGAGGCUGUGCUGCUUUCCAGCCCGUGCAGGCAUAUUUUGUGGCUCCUUGUGGUCACCCGGUUGAGGAUGGCAGCAGCAAUAGCAGCUUUUGAGAGUCUCUGCAAAAAAGGAAGCCCUUUUAACCAUCAGAGACCAGUAAUUAGAGGCAGGGGUUGAGCUGGAGCAUCUCCAUAAUUGUUUAAGUCCUCUUCACAUGCCUGCUGAAGCCUGAUUCUUAAUUUAGUAAAAAAGAGGGAGUGGGUGAAUGGAGGUAUAAAUGCAGGGAACAGACCCUUUUCAUCUGCAGAAACUUUGAUCUUUCUUUUUUAACAGCCUAGAAUAAAGGUGGUGUGUAUUAGGAGUGUCUGUCCGAUGUGCCAAGGUUCCCUCUAAACGUCCCCAUUUGGAUGCUUUGAUGGAAGCUCCUACAAUUGAAAGAGCGUUUUGGAACCCCUCGCUUUUCUGGGUUUGUCAGAGCUGAAACCUGCCAGAGCCCCUGCGUCUUGUGUUUGGUUUUUUUCACCAAGUCUGAAUUGAAACAUCUUCCCCUUUGGGCUCAAGCUGUGUCAGCGAGUGCAGGGGCCUUGACAUGAAUGAUAUUGAAAUAGCAAUGAAAGCCCCACAGGUGGUCUGUUCACAUGAUCUCACAUCUUAGGGCCCCCUAAUCAAGGCAUUUUUUGCUACAAAUGUAUCUGGUUUGGUCCCAAUUAACCCAAUGCGCUGGCAUAAGAUGAUACACUGUAACCCAGCGUAGAAAUGCCUUUGAUUUGCUGGUCAAUGGUGACAGUAGGCUUUGUAGUGAUUGCUUUAUUCCUGCUUUAUGCCUUCACGCUGUAGCUGUAAACCCCAAAAGCUUCUUUUCAGUGUAGUGCAGACAUGCAUCUGUUGGGAGUGUAAAUCAGCCACAUAAAUCUUGCAUCAGCACUGUCAGCGAAGACACCAGCCAAUGAAGAUGGAAGUCACAACAAAAAAAGUACUUUUCUAAGAUCAAAAGAGCAGCUUCUUUUGCAUUUUGCUUCCACAUAGCUCCCAAGUACUUUUAGUAUUUGUGUGAAGUUACUAAAAAUCAUUUUUGGGAGUUGUAAUU